AUGCGGGCGCAGACAGCGCAUUCGGCAGCCUCGCUCAGCUCGAGAGUGCCGGUAGCUUGCAUCUCCGCAUGCCGACUGUAUACGCAGGCUCCCAACGGGACGACGUCAGCUCGGCCUAGCAUCGCAUUGCCCAGCAACCUUGGGCAACACACAUCAUCCUCGCUUGCACCCCACUCUCCACCUCCUUGCUCGCGCCAAGUCUCAGCGGCAGCACAGCAUGGCUCCCUGCCGGAAUACACCCUCGAACCCAAGCCACCCGCACGCCUGGCCGUCUUCGUCUCCGGCGGCGGUUCCAACUUCAAGGCCAUCCACGCCGCCUGCCUCGAUGGCCGCAUCAACGGCCGGGUCGUUGCCGUCGUGAGCGACGUCCCGAGCUGCGGCGGCGUCAACUACGCGCGCGAGCACGGCAUCCCCACGGUCACCUAUCCCAUCGUCAAAAAGGGCGAGUUCCUGGGCCAGGGCCUCACUGCGGAGCAACUCGUGGAGGCCCUGAAGACCGCACACCAGGCGGAUUUCGUGCUGCUGGCGGGCUAUCUCAAGCUCAUACCGGGGGAGCUCUGCCGCGCCUUCCCUCGCGCCAUGCUCAACAUCCACCCCGGCCUGCUGCCGUCCUUUGGCGGCAAGGGCUACUACGGCGAGCGGGUGCACAAAGCCGUCAUCGCGUCCGGGGCGCGGUUCUCCGGCCCCACCGUCCAUUUCGUGGACGAGCAAUUCGACACCGGACCCAUCCUAGCGCAACGUGUGGUGCCUGUGUUCCCCACCGACACACCGAAGCAGCUGGCGGCCCGCGUCCUGAAGGAGGAGCACCAGGUCUACCCCGUCUGCGUGGCGGCCCUGUGUGACGGGCGGAUCGGCUGGCGGGAAGACGGCAUACCAAUACUGUGGGAGGCCAAGUAG